ACUUCUCUCGUGAUAAAAGCUUCGAUUCAGGAUGCAAUUCUACUUCUAAGUAAAACAACAAAAAUAGUUGAAUCAUAAAGAAAUGUAUAAGCUACUCGGAGGAUUAAAAGACUACUUUAAGAGGCAGGAUAUAUUCACUGACAGUGCCGUGUUCCGCCUUCAUAAUAGCUUUACAACCGCACUGCUGUUAUCAUGCAGUAUGAUCAUCACUGCCACUCAAUAUGUCGGACAACCAAUCAGUUGUAUUGUCAAUGGGAUCCCAGCGCAUGUUGUUAACACGUUCUGUUGGAUAUCUAGUACUUUUACAAUGCCGGAUGCCUUUAGAAGAGAGGUAGGACGUGAAGUUGCUCAUCCGGGUGUGGCAAAUGACUUCAAUGAAGAAGAUGCAAAGAAAUACUACACAUACUAUCAAUGGGUUUGCUUUGUUCUCUUCUUUCAGGCUAUAGCAUGCUAUGUCCCAAAAUUUUUAUGGGAUGCUACAGAAGGAGGAUUAAUGCGGACUAUCGUCAUGGGUUUGAACAUUGGAAUUUGUAGAGAAGACGAAAAAUGUGCCAAGAAACAAGCUCUUAUUGAAUACGUUUUGAAGCGUUUAAGGGUAAGCCGAGUUUUAAAUGUAGUGACAAAUAUAUUCGGAAAUAACAUACAAUUCUAACCUUCUAAAAAAAUC